UUGAGUGAAGAAAGUGUGAUACCUGAUUUGCCACCACACGUCGAUAGUCGGCUAGAAUAUGAUUUUAUUGAAGAUCCACAUAAAAGGCGAUAUGUGCAGUCAUUAUUCAUAGAUUCAUUUUAUGAACCGAGUUGUGAUCAUAGAUCGGAUGUCAUGAUUAAGCCAAUUUAUUUUUGGCCAGGUCAACGAGUUGACCUUCGGUGUGUAAUGUGCCGAAGAGCGUUUACUUUUAAUGGAUUAAUGAAACACUGGUGGUUUAUGGCGGCAACAGAUGUUGAAGAUGCUUUAGAAAACAUUGAGAAUCUUGGAAAUUCCCCAAAAUGGAAUCAACACAUAUCAGUACUAAGUGCUGAUUAUGGAGAAAAUAGAUGGCGAGAUUUUGGUGCAAUGCCAAGUAGCAGCUAUGAAGCUGGAACUCAUCCGAGAGCUCAGACUGUUCUCAUACAAAGAGGAGGGAAAUUAACCUUAUUGCAACCAACAUCUGAAAACGAAGGGCUGUAUCGAUGCUUGGAUAUCGCAUCGAAAAAUGUUCUACAUUUCGUUUAUUAUUUGAUUUCUAUGCAGCCCAUAUUCAUUUAUCUAAUGUAUGCAAAUUUUAUGAAAGUUCAGAUCUGUAUUUGUUUUGCAGAAAGUGAGUGCCCACUAUCACGUGGAUUUCCUGAUUCGAAUUGGAAAUUCCGUCAUAUACCUCCAACAUUCAUUCGUGAUCGAUUCCGUUCGUGUAAAAGAAAUUUAUCUACAUGCCUUGAUUGGGUCGUAAGUGAUAAUAAUAUGAACGAAAAGAAGAGUUGGAAUUUGCAUGGGCAUUCGCGAGAUGCUGAAUUAGCACAAAAAUAUGUAAAUUUGAAAAUUCAAUUGGUAUGGAAUGAAUGGUCACCUUGUGAGCAAGGAACUUCAGUAAGAACUCGAGAAGGUCAUUGUUACUUAAGGAAAAUUAAUCCAAAGAAAAAUGUUGGCCAAAUGAUCAAAGGAGUAUUUGAUAAAUAUGAUAUCUUCAAUUGGGUAGAAAAGCUAAAAAAUCAUAUGGCAAAAAUUCCUGAAUUUAACACUACGGGUAUACGUCUUUACAGUGGUUUGGUGUCAAAGUUGAUUCAUAAAGGAGUUUUUGGUGAAGAAAAAGUGUAUGAUGAUUGUUACAAUAUAGAAGAUUUGUUUGAUAAAAAUCCAAGAGUGACAAAGCGUUGGAUUGAUGCAAUUUUUGCUGCCUUUGGGAUUCAUAAAGUAGAAAGAAUGCUCGAAAUCAGUGAUAGAUUAUGCUUAUUCUAUUAUAACAGAGCAGCAUCUGGACCAGAUGAUAUACCUACAACAACUUUCGUAGGUACUCAUCUAAUUGAUACUGAACAAUGUAUAGUUGUUUAA